UGUGUGCGAGUGUGUGCGCGCCGUGGCGCCGCCUCCGCCCGCCCCCAGCUCGGUCCCGCUUGCUCGCCGCGGCCGGGCGGCCCUUUCGCGUGUCCGCGCUGCCUCCCCUCCUCCUCCUCCUCCUCCAUUUUGCGAGCUCGAGUCUGUGACUGGAGCCCGAGUCACCGCCCGCCCGUCGGGGACGGGUUCUCGUGGGUGGAAGGAGCCGCCGCGGCUGGAGCGGCUGGAGCGGCGGGGCGCCGGCAGCGAGGACGCGCGCCCGGGAGCCCCGGCCGGCGGAGCGGGGCUGGGGGCCGGCUUGUCAGCGGGGAAAUGGGGGACUUUCUUCGCUAGGGGCCCUCCCCUCCCCCCAUGGAGAAGGGGGCGGCUGUUUACUUCCUUUUUUUUAAGAAAAAAAAAAUCUGUCCCGCUCCUCCUGCUUUCACACGCUAAGUUGUUUAUCUCGGCUGCGGUGGGAGCCGCGGACGGCGGCGGUGAGCGGCGCCGCGGGCAGAGCUGAUACCCACUGAUGGACCCCAAGGAAUCGCUAACUCCUCCCAGCAGAGAAGAAAUCCCCAGCAGCGUGCUUGGCCGGGAGAGAGCCCAUGUGAUGGACUUCUAUAAAAGCCUGAGGGGAGGAACUCCUGCGAAGGUUUCUGCAGCUUCACCCUCCCUGGCUGCUGUGUCUCAGUCAGACUCCAAGCAGCAGAGACUUGCGGUGGAUUUUCCCAAAGGCUCAGGAAGCAAUGCACAGCAGCCGGAUCUGUCCAAGGCAGUUUCACUCUCCAUGGGACUGUACAUGGGAGAGACCGAAACUAAAGUGAUGGGAAGUGACCUGGGAUUCCCACAGCAGGGCCAAAUCAGCCUUUCCUCUGGGGAAACAGACUUCCGGCUUCUGGAAGAAAGCAUCGCAAACCUCAGUAGGUCGACCAGUGUUCCAGAGAACCCCAAGAGUUCAGCCUCCGCUGCUGGUUCUGCUGCUCCGGCAGAGAAGGCGUUUCCAAAAACUCACUCUGAUGUGGCUCCAGAACAGCCGAAUGUGAAGGGUCAGACUGGCACCAACGGGGGUAACGUGAAGUUGUUUACCACAGACCAAAGCACCUUUGACAUUUGGAGGAAGAAACUCCAGGAUUUGGAGCUUCCUUCUGGGUCUCCAGGUAAAGAGACAAGUGAGAGUCCCUGGAGCUCAGACCUCUUGAUCGAUGAAAACUGUUUGCUCUCCCCUUUGGCAGGAGAGGAGGAUCCCUUCCUCUUGGAAGGAAGCUCGACCGAGGACUGUAAGCCUCUUGUUUUGCCGGACACGAAACCUAAGGUGAAGGAUAACGGAGAGCUUAUCUUACCGAGCCCCAACAGUGUGCCACUGCCCCAAGUGAAAACAGAAAAAGAAGAUUUUAUCGAACUCUGCACCCCAGGGGUGAUUAAGCAGGAGAAACUGGGCCCAGCUUACUGUCAGGCGAGCUUUUCUGGGGCAAACAUAAUUGGUGGUAAAAUGUCUGCCAUUUCUGUUCACGGGGUGAGCACCUCGGGGGGACAGCUGUACCACUAUGACAUGAACACGGCAGCAUCCCUUUCCAAACAGCAGGAGCAGAAACCUCUUUUUAAUGUCAUUCCCCCGAUUCCUGUGGGUUCAGAAAAUUGGAAUAGAUGCCAAGGAUCUGGAGAAGAGAACUUGACUUCCCUGGGGACUUUGAACUUCCCUGGUCGAUCAGUUUUUUCGAAUGGCUACUCAAGCCCUGGAAUGAGACCGGAUGUAAGUUCUCCUCCAUCCAGCUCCUCAGCAGCAACGGGACCACCUCCCAAACUCUGCCUUGUGUGUUCUGAUGAAGCUUCGGGAUGUCAUUAUGGGGUCCUGACUUGUGGAAGCUGUAAAGUAUUCUUCAAAAGAGCAGUGGAAGGUAGACAGCACAAUUAUCUUUGUGCUGGAAGAAAUGACUGUAUCAUUGAUAAAAUUCGAAGAAAAAACUGUCCAGCAUGCCGCUACAGAAAGUGUCUUCAAGCUGGAAUGAACCUGGAAGCUCGAAAAACAAAGAAAAAGAUAAAAGGAAUUCAGCAGGCCACUACAGGAGUCUCACAAGAAACUUCUGAAAAUUCUGCUAAUAAAACAAUAGUUCCUGCAACGCUACCACAGCUCACCCCCACCCUGGUGUCACUGCUGGAAGUCAUUGAGCCUGAGGUGUUGUAUGCAGGAUAUGACAGCUCGAUUCCAGAUUCCACCUGGCGGAUCAUGACCGCACUCAACAUGUUAGGUGGGCGGCAGGUGAUUGCGGCAGUGAAAUGGGCAAAGGCAAUACCAGGAUUCAGGAACUUACACCUGGAUGACCAAAUGACCCUCCUGCAGUAUUCAUGGAUGUUUCUCAUGGCGUUCGCCCUGGGGUGGAGAUCAUACAGACAAUCAAGUGCCAGCUUGCUGUGUUUUGCUCCUGAUCUGGUUAUUAAUGAGCAGAGAAUGGCUUUACCCUGCAUGUAUGACCAAUGUAGACAUAUGCUGUAUGUUUCCUCUGAGUUACAGAGGCUUCAGGUGUCUUACGAAGAGUAUCUCUGUAUGAAAACCUUACUGCUUCUCUCUUCAGUUCCCAAGGAAGGUUUGAAGAGUCAAGAGCUAUUUGAUGAAAUUAGAAUGACCUACAUCAAAGAGCUAGGAAAAGCCAUUGUCAAGAGGGAAGGAAACUCCAGUCAGAACUGGCAACGCUUUUAUCAACUGACAAAACUCUUGGACUCCAUGCAUGAUGUGGUUGAAAAUCUCCUUAACUAUUGCUUCCAGACAUUUUUGGAUAAGAACAUGAGUAUUGAAUUCCCAGAGAUGUUAGCUGAAAUCAUCACUAAUCAGAUACCAAAAUACUCAAGUGGAAAUAUCAAAAAACUUCUGUUUCAUCAAAAGUGACUGCCUUAAUAAGAAAGUUUGCCUUAAAGAAAGUUGAAUUUAUAGCUUUUAUUGUACAAGCUAUCAAUCUGUCCUGUAGCGGUUUUCUUAUUUUUUUUCCUUUUUGUUUUUGUCUGGUUUUUUGUUUUGAAUACGCACUACAUGUGGUUUAUAGAGGGCCAAGACUUGGCAACAGAACAGUUGAGCCAUCACUUUCCAGUGAUGGGAAAAGGAGAAAGUGAUAGGUGGUGAAUCCUAAAAAUGAGAAAUAAUAACUUGGGGGCAAGCUCCACUGUCAGAGAAGGAUGGCACCUAAACCACCAGUGCCCGAAGUUUGUGUGACAGACUUUCUGCUCAUACUUUUCACGGUUGGACAAAAUUUUCUAGACUUUCGUUGGUGUAUUUUCCCCCAUAUAGUUAGGACAGCAUUUUUUGAUUUAUGCAUGGAUACCUGAAAAACGUUUACAAGUGUAUAUCAGAAAAGGGAAGUUGUGCCUUUUAUAGCUAUUACUGUCUGGUUUUAACAGUUUCCUUUAUAUUUAGUGAACUACGCUUGCUCAUUUUUUCUUACAUAAUUUUUGUAUCCAAGUUAUUGUACAGCUGUUUAAGAUGGGCAGCUAGUUCAUAGCUUUCCUAAAUAAACUCUAAACAUUAAUCUUCUGUGUGAAAAUGGGUUGGUGCUUCUAACCUGAUGGCACUUAGCUGUCAGAAGACCACAAAAAUUGACUCAAAUCUCCAGUUUUCUUGUCAAAAAAGCUCAUAUUUUGUAUAUAUCUGCUUCAGUGGAGAAUUAUAUAGAUUGUGCAAAUAAACCGUCCUAACUGGUGUAGAGCACCUAGUCCAGUGACCUGCUGGGUAAACCGUGGAUGAUGAUUACAAAAGACUUAUUAAAAAAAAAAAAAAAAAAACUACCAAGAGGCCCUGUUUGUACCUAAUGCCCUAUUUCUGCAGUGGUUAGAUGGCAAGAAUGUUGGUCAACUGUCUUUCAGGACCUUUUGUUGUAGUUUGUUAUCACUUCUUAAAAGUUAGGAUUCCAGGUAACCAGCUAAAACACAGCUGCGAGAUUUUAAUCAGUCCAAGUAAUUCCUCCCACUAAAUUUUACCCACCCUCCCACCCCCAAAAAUCUCUCAUAUGGCAAAAGUGGCUAGACACCCAUUUUCACAUUCCCAUUUGUCACAAUUGGUCUCUCUUUCCUGGGGGCACAGGAAAGCUCAGCUGCUGAUUCCUCUGAUUUAGAACUGUGUGCCAGACCCCACGUGCAUAGAACAUACAUCCCUCGCGUCCCUGCGUGUGCCAUAGCGUUUAACAAAAGUCAUGUGAAUUUCUCCUCCUCACUGUUGAGAAUUAUCAUUUUAAACAAGAUAGAAGCUGUGGUAGCCCUUUCUGUGUGCACCUCUACCAACUUUCUGUAAACUGAAAACUCUGAAGUACUAAGCCACAAGAAAUCUGAUUUCUAUUCAAGGUGGCCAAAUUAUUUGUGUUACAGAAAACUGAAAAUCUAAUAUUAAAAAUAUGAAACUUCUAAUAUAUUUUUAUAUUUAGUUCUAGUUUCAGAUAUAUAUCAUAUUGGUAUUCACUAAUCUGGGAAGGGAAGGGCUACUGCAGCUUUACAUGCAAUUUAUUAAAAUGACUGUAAAAUAGCUUGUAUAGUGUAAAAUAAGAAUGAUUUUUAGAUGAGAUUGUUUUAUCAUGACAUGUUAUAUAUUUUUUGUAGGGGUCAAAGAGAUGUUGAUGGAUAUCCUAUAUGAUUUAUAGUGUGUGCGAGCAUUCAUACAGGCAGCAGUGGUCUCAGAAACCCAAUGGGUUUGCUCUAGAGGAAGAGGGAGAUGGAGACUGGCCCUGUGUGCAGUGAAGGCUGCUGAGGCUCCAUCCCAUUCCCAUCACAGAGGAAUUAAUCCUCUGCCUCCCAGAACGACCACCCUCCUCAUUCCAACAGUGAGUCUGUCCACGUGGGUUUAGUUUCCUAAACCUCCCCUCACGCUCAAGUCUGUGAACAAGGGACAGAAAGGUGGUGCUUGCACACUAACAGGCAUCACCACAUACAGCCUCUCCACAGUUUAAUAAAAAUAGAGGCUUUAGAAGUUGGGCAAUAAUAUGCAUAGAGGUACCAGCAAUAUGUAAAUAGUGCAGAAUCUCAUAGGUUGCCAAUAAUACACUAAUUCCUCUCUUUCCUCCAAGAGUCCAUUUCCAAUUAAGAACAUGCUUUUGUUUUCUUUGAAUGCUUUUUGAAUGUUGUUAUUUUUCAGUAUUUUGAGGAAAUUAUUUAAUAAAAAAAUGUAAUCAUUUGCUUUUUGAAUGCUCUCUAAAAGGGACUGUUCCUUUUGUAAGGGUUUAAAUUGAUCUCAAAGUAUUUUAAGAUAGUUUGUUACCCAGUUGGAUGUGAAAUUUUUGGUGCCUAAGAAAUACUGCUUGAAUAUUAUUUUCAAUGACAGUGUUAAGUUUCAAAAAAAGCUUCUGAAAAGAUAAAUUACUAUUCAUUUAUAGAAUGUUAUAUGGUUAAAACCUGAAAGCACAUCACACAUUAAUUUUAGUCCCAACAACCUUGGCUCCCCAAAAAAUAGAGCUUAGUGAAUAAAAGAUAUGUGCACUUUGUUGUUAAAAGGAAACGAACUGACAUUCAUAAAACUAGCAGAGGCUGCACAUUAAGUGAAAAAAAAAUGGGGAAAAAAGCUGUGACCUUUUGGAAUAUGUGGGAAAGAAGUUAUCUUAGUUAUGUUUGAAUAUAAUCAUGGACUUAAGUGAUAAAGCUAUGGUGCUAUUUGAAAGCAGCUUCAUUUUCUAUGUAUGCGGUAUCUUGCCAUCCCAAACUAUUGAAGUCUGUUGUAAUUUCAGUGAGAGGUAACGUGCCUAGAUACUCACAACAAAUCCCAAAAAGUAUUUAUAACUAGUGGUGGAAAAAAGUGACUCUCUUGGUGUUCCUAGGCCUUACUAUGGGACAUACCCAACUGUCUAAAACUAUGGAGGGGAACUUCAAAAGAGCACCUGCUUUCUCCUGGAAAAACAAACAAAAAUGGUACCCCAGAAGAAAAACCAUCAUGAUUAGUGUCCAUAAAGAGCUUGAUAUUUUGUGUAGGAUGAGCUCUGGACAUACACAUAAAGGAAAGCCAGCCUCACUUCAGAAUUGGGGGAUGGAAGAAUGGGCAAUUCCAAUUUUACUUAUCUAUCUAUACAUCCUAUUACCAUAAGUCUUAUCAUUUUAGUUCUUUGUUAAAUAUCCUAAAAUUACAUCACCAUGGAAUGAACAUUAUUAUUAUACUUUGAUCUGUCGAAAUUCAAGAACUGUGGCAGCCCCUAGUGAGAUUUUGAUCUCGGUGGGUCACCCAAAAGACUGUAGCUAUAGACGAAUGUGUUUUUUCUGUGCCUGGUUUGAGAGGUGGAAGAGAAAAUAAGAGUGUAAGGAGGACACUUUAACCACUUGUUAAUGGAAGUUUCAAGAUUUCCCAGCCUGGAUCAGGUGUUGGGCAAAGGAUUAGUUAGCUUCUCUCUAGAAGAUGCCUGAAAGAAGGAUUUUAUUUUCUGAUGAAAGGCCGUAUGAAAAUACCCUCCUCAAAUAACUUGCUUAACUACAUAUAGAUUCAAGUGUGUCAAUAUUCUAUUUUGUAUAUUAAACAAAUGCUAUAUAAUGGGGACAAAUCUAUAUUAUACUGUGUAUGGCAUUAUUAAGAAGCUUUUUCAUUAUUUUUUAUCACAGUAAUUUUAAAAUGUGUAAAAAUUAAAACCAGUGACUCCUGUUUAAAAAUAAAAGUUGUAGUUUUUUAUUCAUGCUGAAUAAUAAUCUGUAGUAAAAAAAAAAAAGGAAAAAGAAAAAAAAAAAACAAUGUCUUUUUACCUACACAGUGAAAUGUCAGAUUGUAAAAUCUUGUGUGGAAAUGUUUAACUUUUAUUUUUCAUUUAAAUUUGCUGUUCUGGUAUUACCAAACCACACAUUUGUACUGAGUUGGCAGUAAAUGUUAGUUAGCCAUUUACAGCAAUGCCAAAUAUGGAGAAACAUCAUAAUAAAAAAUCUGCUUUUUCAUUAUAUGACUCCAAAAUGCUUGUGUAGAACUCAUACAGUUCCGGUUUUCCUGGUUCUUUUCCCCCUUCUUCUACUAAAGCCCUGGAGUUAUCACUUUAGGAAGAAUAAGAUGCUAGCAUGGACAGUAAAUGUCAGCGUGACAACGUUUGCAUGCCAGUAUGGCAUAAAUUCAGAAUGACCUUAACCCCAGUGUCAGAGGCCCCAGAAAUAUCCCUUCCAUGCCUCAAAUGGUCAUGUGCCAAUUACUGCAAAGCUUUACAGGGGAAGGAAGAACUCGUUUCCAAGCCUUCUCCAGACAUCAGUCUUUAUCAUGAAAAAUGACAAAUUUAUGUAAAUAAAAUAUGUUAUCUAGGCAAAAUUCUUAUCUUACUUAAAAAUCAACUGUCCCAAAAAAAGGGCAUAAAUAUGUAGUAAGUAAAACAGUGUUGCAAACUACAGGCAAUAAAGGCAGAAGGGAGGAAAAAAGGAAACCAGCUAUUCUAUACAAACUACAGUAUAGUAGUUCCAAAAGCAUAUUGUGUUCAGGUUAUAUCCAUGCACUGGAUAAUCUAACAAACCUUCCUAUAAAUACUCUUUUCUCCACGGUGGCCUCCAUCACUAGGAAAAAGGCACAUUAUGAUUUUAAAACCACGUUUGCCCUACCCAUCAUGUGCACCAAGCAUUUGCUGUGUACAUACCAUAUGAUAAAUAUUGAAGACAGAAUAAGAAAAAUACUAUUGCUACCCUCAGUCCCUUGCAAAAGUGUAUAAAAGAAACCUUUUCCAGUGUUUCAAGGUACAAUGCAGAAAUACCAGAUACGGCACCAGUAUGUAUGAACAUUAUUGUUUUAUACUUCAAGUAUUAAUCUUACAUUUGUAGAACACUUUCACAUGCAUUAUACCAGUUAUAUUCCUCACCCAACAGAUGAAUGAAAUAAAAACAAAUGUUGAAGAUAAUAACUCCAUUUUAUAAAAAAGGAACAAGCUCAGAGUUAAGGCAACUGAUUCAUAGCUGCUGGCUGCCAUUUUAUUGACAUUUCAAUGAAAAAUCUUUGUAAUUAGGCCAUUUAUCACAUGUCAGAGAAUGUCACUUGUCUACAAGCUCCUAAGGAAGUGGUAUUGCUUUCCUGCUUUUAAAUUAAACUAUUGUUUUAAUUUACUGA